AGAAGAAAGAAGGAGCUGAAGACACAACAUUGAUCAGGCAUAAUGGAAGACAAAAGACAGAAGGAUAGCAUUGCUUUCUCUUCAGGAGCAGAGCUGCAAUUCCCUGUUAGCAAAGUAGAACACCUUCUUCAAGAAAGAAACCCCUCCAAACGCUUGAACUCUUCUACAUCUGUUGUUUUCACGGACAUGCUCAAGUUUGUGACAUCCAACAUUCUUGAGCUGACUGUCAAGGAUGGCCACACCAGCUGCAACAAACUCAUUGCCCCAGAGCAGAAGUCCAAGUCAAUUGAGAACAUCGAUGAACUCUGCCAGCUCUUUAAAGAUAGCCAAUGUUUCGUUGAUGGGACUCCAGGACCCCAUGAGAUACCAGGAUCCUAUAAGACAACAGGACUAUAUGCGACACCAAGACCCAAUGAGAAGUGAUGAUACUUGCAUCUCAGAGGCUGGAAGUCCAUCUUAAAGUCUCAGACCAACCUCAAUGCCUCCCUUGUUGGUGGAGGGGGGUUCAAUCAGACAUUUUAUUAAAGUGU